AUGACAGUCGCAAAGAAGUGUAUGGUUGUUUUACAACACGGAUCACACGGUACACACCUGGACUUGGCGUGUCUCUCGCAGUACCUAAAAGCGAAGGAUCCCCGACUUAUCGUGUGGGAGUCAUAUAAAAAUGAAGGUAUGCGCACAGAUGAUGGUGUGGUCCCUUGUGGAGAGCGACUUGCAGACAACUUAAUUCGGGAAAUCAAGGAAUUAUGCUCAACACCAACGCAAUCCGGGGGCGAUGGCGGUCGUGAGAAGGUUGUUGUGCAGAUGAGUUUCGUCUGUCACUCGAUGGGUGGACUCAUCGUGCGUGAGGCGCUCCCACGGGUUUGGGACAAAGUUGAAUCCCAAAAAGGGAAACUCGAAAUAGAGUGGAACAUGUUUUGUACUAUUGCCACACCUCACGGAGGAGUUUGUCAGAUGGCUUCAACCUUACGGUAUUAUUUGGGUCGGUUGAUCUCUUUCUUCUACUCUACUUCGUACCAUGACAUGUUUCUCGGGUCAGAUGUCCUUACGGAUCGGUUAUUAUCACCAAAGCACUUGUCAUGCCUCGCUGCCUUUAAGCGUCGCCUACUCGUUUCCAGCAUAAACGACAUCCUCGUGCCGUUGAUGAGUAGCGGCUUUAUGCUAACGCCUUCUCAACGCGGGUUACCAGGGGAUAUGCUGCGGGAGGAGCAAAAACAGCUCUGUGCCUUCAACGAAAGGGAAAUGUACGACAAAAUGCGGACAAUCACGGAGAUUCCAAAGGAGGAAUGGCCUGCGAAUAAGUUCCUAGCAGAGCGGCGCAUUGCGAAAACUCUUGUACAGGCUGUGGGCAAUUUUGAUUCUGUUGUUGUGGAUUUGCGCUCCCCGAGGUUGGAGGAACUGUAUGAAGACAGAAAGCGUAGAACAACGGCCUGGUAUGGUGCGAACAAAAGGUCCCAUCAAGCGAUGGUGUGCAAACCCCCAUUCGACACAGUGGAGGAAGCCUUCGGUUUUGUCUCUCACAUGGUCGGAGACGAAGUGCUGGCAACUUUCCAGGAGUAG